GUGUGACGCGUCAGUGGGAAAUUCAAAAUCUGCUCUGCUUGUUUCAGGGAGCUGAAGCUGGACGGGCUGAGUGUGUGUUAAGUGUGUGUUUUAGAGUGUUUGUGUGUGUUUAAAUGUGUUUGAGUGUGUUUUAGAUAUAUUUACCAGCUUUUUUUCUCCUGAGACUCAGUGAGAAUAAGCGGGUUUUCUCUCCUCUCGGACCGGUUUAAUCACGGAGACUCGCGGCUGAAGCUGUUCGUAAACAUGCCUGCAGAAAAUGCCUCCGAGCUCCUCAAGUACUAUGAAGUGUAUGAAACCAUUGGUUCAGGCGGUUUUGCUAAAGUCAAGCUGGGCAGACACAUUCUGACCGGAGAGAAAGUGGCCAUCAAGAUCAUGGAGAAGAAAGACCUGGGGGAUGAUCUGCCUCGUAUAAAGACGGAGAUCGACGCCAUGAAGAACCUCAGUCAUCAGCACGUGUGUCGCCUUUACCACGUCAUUGAGACGUCCAGCAAGAUCUACAUGGUGCUGGAGUAUUGUCCUGGAGGAGAGCUGUUCGAUUAUAUCGUAGCUAAAGACCGACUGUCUGAAGAGGAAACCCGAGUGUUCUUCCGCCAGAUCGUCUCGGCUCUGGCCUACGUCCACAGCCAGGGAUACGCCCACCGUGACCUCAAACCAGAAAACUUACUGAUUGAUGAGGAUCACAACUUGAAGCUGAUUGACUUCGGUCUCUGUGCCAAACCAAAGGGAGGUUUGGGUUAUGAACUGAUGACCUGCUGUGGAAGCCCAGCCUACGCAGCUCCAGAACUCAUUCAGGGAAAGUCGUAUAUUGGUUCUGAGGCAGAUGUUUGGAGUAUGGGCGUGUUGCUGUUUGCUCUGCUAUGUGGUUACCUCCCGUUCGACGAUGAUAACUGUAUGGUCCUGUACAGAAAAAUCACAAGGGGUCAUUAUGAUAACCCCCGCUGGCUGUCUCCUGGCAGCGUUCUGCUGCUGAACCAGAUGAUGCAGGUGGAGCCAAAAAGGCGUUUAUCAGUGAGACAGCUGCUGGAUCACCCCUGGGUGAUGAAGGAUUACAGCAGCCCUGUGGAGUGGCACACUACUCGCCCGUUGGGUCAUAUAGAUGAGGACUGCAUCACUGAGAUGGCUGUGGCGUUGAAGCGCUCCAAAAAGAGCACCAUCCAGCUGGUAUCAGAGUGGAAGUACGACCAGACCACAGCUACAUAUCUGUUACUACUGGCCAAGAAGCAACAUGGAAAGCCGGUGCGACUCAGAGUGGAGAUGCCAACCCAAGACCCCAGCUGUUCUCCUCUUCAAGAUAUACAAUUGAAGACCCUGCAUUUUAAUGAUGAUGAAGAUGAGUAUGUGGAGGAUGGUGCGCACCGGGGCUCCAUGAUCUUUCCUGCUGAUUGCUAUGACGAUGAUAAUGCUUGGAUCCCCCUAGUGUCCAAAAACACACAGGCCACCUACACUCCGAGCAAGAAACCCUCCUGUCAGUCGUCUGAAAAUAGACGGGCUGAUGUAGGCCAGUCCCCCAUCAUCAACCAAGGGAAGCCACACCCACGCAACAGCGAGAAACGUGAACGCACCAGAGAAAACAAAGAGAACCUGUCCGCUCCGAGUCGAGACGGCAGCGGAUUUGCUCUCCCUGCCCCUGUUACUCCAGUGGUGGGACGGAGGGGACGGUCGAACAAAAUGGCACAAACCACGCCCAUCAACAACAACAACGUCAUAAACAUGACGGAAACUCCGAAAGAAUCUUCCCGCCGGAGGGCAGUGGAGCAGCAGUCUCAGCAGAGUGGUCAGCAGGGAGGACUAGAGAUCCUGGCCUUCAGUCCAGAGAGACGGUCCCGCUCUCUGGACAUGGCGGGUUGCCAGGUUGACAGCGGGCAGAAGCGUAAAGCAGGGAAAGUGUUCGGCAGUCUGGAGAGAGGCCUGGAUAAAGUCAUCACCAUGCUGACCCCCAACAAGAAGAGAGGUCUAAGAGACGGCCCCCGCAGGAUAAAGGCGCAGUAUAACGUGACUCUGACGAGUCAGACCAGUGCAGACCAGGUGCUGAACCAGAUUCUCAGAGUUCUACCAGAGAAGAAUGUGGACUUUGUGCAGAAAGGGUACACUCUGAAGUGUCGUACGCAGUCAGAUUUCGGGAAGGUGACGAUGCAGUUUGAGCUGGAGGUCUGUUUGCUGCAGAAGCCGGAGGUGGUGGGCGUCCGGCGGCAGAGGCUGAAGGGAGACGCCUGGGUGUAUAAACACCUGGUGGAGGACAUCCUGUCCAACAGCAGAAUCUGACCUCACCUGCUCUGUCCCUCUCACUGCUCUCAGCUCACCAUGAAUCCUGGGUUUCAGUCCUUGUCCAUCAAGGUCUAUCAGUGUAGAUCGUUUUACAUCCUGUAGAAGUUUAAUGGAAAUGAUAAUGGUAUUAUUAUUAAUAAUAUUAUCAUCAUUAUUUCCUGUUUAUAUACAGAUUUCAAUUGUGCACUUUUACUAUUCUAAUUGCUAUUAGCGUUUCCAGUUAUUGUAAGUAAUGUAAGUAUAUCACAACGCAAGACCUUUUUAAAAUAUGUUUACUACUUUUUUUUUUAAUGCCUGCAUUUUAAAGCAUUAACCUGAAUCCAUUUGUUUGUCUUUUUUUUCUCUGUGUUUUUCUGUGUUGUUUAAAAAAGUCUUGUGUUGUUUCUUUACCUCACAGUCUUAAAAAAUUAAAGUGCUUUGAAUAGUUUUCUUUUAAAGGAAGCCAUGUAAAAAAAAAAACAUUUUCAGUACAAUAAAGACCAUGUUUGUUAUAUAGUGUUAUUAAUUUUUAUGGUCUGCAGAACCUUUACUGUGUGUAAAAGUUGUUUUUCACCAGAUUAAAAGAUUCUUCACACCUAAAAUUUUGGUUCUUUAUGGAACAGAAAAUGUUUUUAUUUACGGUAUAAGUAAAAAACCCAUUUGAAGCACUGUUAUUUUAAAGAAUCCUUGUGUUUGUUUGUUUGUUUGUUUGUUUGUUUUUGUUUGUUUGUUUGUAUGUGUACAGCUCUGUUUUCUGUUGUCUUUAUUAACAAUAUGAGGCGUAGAAAAAAAUAAAGCAAUUCAUAAUACACUUA